UGACAGCAGCGCACAUGGGUGCCAGACACUCAGCCACUCCCAGUGGGUAGCCCACUCCCCCCUUGCUCUUCCUGAACGGAUCACGCUGCGUGCGGUCCACGCCUCCCUCUCUGUCUCAUCUUCUUCAUCAGAACUCUCUGCAGCCUCUCGGUUCUUUAUCGCGAGUUGAUUGAAUCCAUCUCGACCUGUGCAGCGCCGCGUAAAGGAGCCUUUACAAUUAAAUCACCGCUCACACUUCCAGCGCAGUCCUUUUUGACCCACCGGCUCCUUGAAUAUCACCUCUCUGCCUGCCUAGAACAUUGUGUCCUUUGUGGGGAAAAUGACUGCCAAGCAUCGAAAAGGGAAAAACAGCUACAAACAUGAAGAUAACCUUUUAAAAAAUGAAGUCACGGAGGCAGAAGGUCGCGGUGGAGGGAAUAAUAACGCUCUCCAUUUGAUUUUAUUUCUGCUGCUUGUUAUUGGCGGUGCCACUGGCUCGUGGUUCUGUUUCCAGCAGCACCAAACUUUAACCUACUUAACAGACAAUCUCAUGGGCAUGCAGAUGAAAAUAGUGAAGCUGCAGUCCUCCCACCACGAAAUGCGACAGUCAAGUAGUGAGCACGUUUCAGAGAUCUUGGAGACCCGCCUGAAUGCCCUGGAGGAUUCUUAUGCACUGGCCCAGAAACAGGUUAGCAUGGCCUUGGCUACGGCUGAACAGCUCAAGACGUCUGACCUCCCCGCUCAAGUUAUGUCUCUCCACACGGAGAUGAAAACCCGCCUGGCAGAGAUGCAGCAGGCCACCGUGUCUCUGGAGCAGCUGAGCCAGCUGCAGACCGUGCUGGAGGGGAAGAGUGAAGAGUUUGAGGGUGUCAAGAUUCAGGUGGAGGGUCUGUCCACGCUGAGCGCUGAGCUAUCCCUGAGGGUCGAAGGCUUGACGGGGAGCAUGGGAGAAGCGGAAUCAAAGCUGGAGGAGAGAGUCGGAGAGGUUGCCACGCUGAGUGCCAGCCUGGACGGACAGGCCGACGAGGUGCUCAGACUGAAGGAGCAGCUGGACACCUACCAGGCUCAGCUUGAGGCCAGCACACUGGAAAUGGCUACUGUCAGAGGGUUGCUUGAGAAUGAACAGUCCCAGCAGCUCCAGCAGGCCAGUGUGGAGGAGCAGAUCAAUACGUUGGUGGGACAGGCGGUGGAAGAGACGGCUCCCGGGGUUGAGGAAGAGAUGGCUCCCGUGGCUGAAGAAGAGGCAGCUGGAGCAACUGAAGAAGAGGCACUUCCUGCUGAUAUAGAAGAAGAGGCAUUCAACCCAGAAGUAGAAGAGGCAGAUGAAGGAGGAGAGGCAGCUGCACAGGAUGAAGCCCCUAUCGAGGAGGAGGACUCUAUGACGGAUGAAACUGCUCCUGCAGAGGAGGAUCAGGCCGAGCAAGACGAGUCCGUUGCCUUAUCAGAAAACACAGAAGAGGAGGAGUCUGAAGAGGAGAACCAGGAAGCAGCAGCGGAGGAGGAAGCAGAAGUGGAGAUGGGAGGAGAGGAAGCGUUAGAAGAAGAGGAAGACCAGCAGGAUGUGGCAGCUGAGGAGGAGUCAGAGGAGACGGAUGAAGGAGAGGAGCCAUUAGAAAGUGAUUUUUUACCAGACGAUGAAUAGUGCAGUACACCAGAUGGAUCUUUUUCGACACCGGACAUAUCAACAACGGAGAAUGGAAACCUUUUCAGUAUAAAAUCACAGUCAACAAUAUGACAAAUACUGUAUGAAGGCAUUAUUGAUUGCUGUUGUUUUGGUGCAGUAUUCAUUAUGCGGUUAAGCUUAGAGAGGUAGACGUCAGUCAGAAGAAAUGAGUCUCUACGCUGAAACCUGGACCUCAAGAUAUGACAUGGCUGUUAAGUUAGGGAGGGAGUAAUACAGGGUGCCAAUAACAACCUCAAAAGCCUUAAUCCAUAAAAUAAUAACUUUCUACAGAGCGUUUUCUACUCUUCACAUCUCACACAUUUCUUGUCACGGUUAGGUUCUGUACUAAAGUGGAAAACUAAAAGCCAAUAACAUAACGAGAAGCCAAUGCAUUAACUGAUCGUCGAUGCACCUGAAGCCAUAAGUAAUGCCCGUCAGUGUGAGAUUAUUGUCACUGCCUCAAAUGUACCAUAAGACAAUAUUUUAGAAAGAAGAAACAGUUACUUAAUGUAUCCCAGUUGUUUACACGGACAACUAAAGAGCUAGCAAUAAUUUCUUUUUUUAAAGCAUCUUUUUUUUAAUAUAAACAAGAACUAUUCCUGAAAUGUGUUUUAAAGUAUAGGACACACUGUAGUUGAUAGACUUUUUACUUUACAUACCUGUGACUCAGCACUUACACUCAGAACCUGCACACCUGCACUAUUGUAAGAUACAAGUUGUCUAAAGGUUCAUCAUCAUCAUCAUCAUCAUCAUCAUCAUCAUCAUCAUCCUGCUGCUUCAACACUUUUUAUUCUGAUUCAAAUGUUUUGUUCUGUUGUGGGUCUUUUUAACAAAUACAAAUAGAUAUUCUAUGCAUUAUUGUCACUACUAAUGAUGCUUUCACUUUGGGAGGAAAAAAAAGCAGUUGUCUGUCAGAAGAGCUUCAGGGACAAAUUGCUCUCCAGAUGGAUGGAAAACUAGAGACUUUCACAACUAAGCAAUGUUCAUCCAAAACACCAAUUAGACCUAAAUUGAUCACAUCAGUAAUGACAAAACCUGUUCUUUGACUCAACAGUGAAAUGUUGUUGCUGUUAAACGGAGAGUUGAACAGUAGCUGAAAUACACAGAUUCAGCUACAUAUGAAGCAUGUCGGACGUCGCAGCGUUAGGUUUUCGCAGAUGAAACUUCCAGCAAGAAACUGAACCCACAACUUGGAUCCAAACUGUGCCAGGACUGUGAAAUCUGAAGGAGGAGCAAGGAGGCUCAACAGUCACCAGAUCUCAACCCCCCCCCCCCCCCCCUGCUGAACUGGAACAUUAGAAGCUAAUAAAAGGGGAAAACACAAAGUCGCACCACGAUGCUGUUUCUCCCAGAUGCUCUAAAGACAACUGGAAUAAUGUGAAGUCUCAAAUAAUGCAGAAAGAAUGAGCAAGCUGUGAUUCGGGCAAAUGAUAGACAUAUCAGUUAAAAAUGAUAUCUGUAAAAUGACCUCUAUGGAGACAUGACAAAUGUAGUCACGCUUCAAAUGUGGAAUAUGUUUCUGUAGUGAUUCUGUAAGUUCUUGGUAGUAUAGUAAGACUUUGCACUUACACUUACGUUAGUUUCUGUCAGUAUGACACAUGUUUUUAAAAAUAAACCCUGGUUCUUUCACUUUUGUAUACUCGAUUAUGUGUUGUGCCACACACGA